AUGCGCGCGGGAUGCCACAUUAAAUUGUCGCGGGAGAUUAUGAUGAGAAGAGCGGUGGUUAACGUACAGUCUAAAGACAAUGCGUGUUUCGCGUGGGCAGUGGUCGCCGCUCUAUAUCCCGCAGAAAGGAACGCGGAACGAGAAUCAUCGUACCCGCCUUACGCGACAGUGCUGAAUCUCCGGGACAUUGAGUUUCCAGUAACUUUAAAUCAAAUUAAAAAGUUUGAACUCGCAAACAGUAUCUCGAUCAACGUGUACGGCAUCGAAGACAAGAACAGUAUCGUCCCGAUACGUCUUUCGGAGCAGAAGCGAGAUAAGCAUGUGAAUCUGCUAUACGUGGAAGACGGCAACGGCGUCGGACAUUUCGCGUGGAUAAAAAAUUUAUCCAGGCUCGUGAGCUCGCAACUGAGCAAACACAACGGUCAAAGAUAUACCUGCGACCGAUGCCUGCAUUAUUUUAGUUCAGACGUCAAGUUGCAGUUACAUGCCGUCGACUGCGGGGAGAUAAACGACUGCGCUAUCCGGUUGCCGAGCGAUAAGGACAAGUGGCUCGAAUUCAACAAUUACAACAGGAAAAAGCGGCUUCCUUUCGUCGUGUACGCCGACCUGGAAUGCGUUCUGGCCAAAACGGAGGAAGAACAACAAAAAUUGUAUCAACAUCACCAAGUAUUUAGUAUAGCGUAUAGAAAAGAAGAUCCUAAUCACACUGCAGUAAAAUGUUAUGGAAAUAGACUACGUGAAGAACUUGAACAACUUGAAUUAUAUGAAGACAUAAAAAAACUCGAAGAAGCUGAGCAUGAGAAUAGGCUACUGCAAGAUUUGAAAGAUUUGAAGAGUUUACGAGAGUAUAUGAAUGGUCGACGAGAGGACCAGGAGCGGAAGUCCCUCAGCCCAACACAUCGCCCCUAG